GAGAAAAAAGAAAACACCUAAGAUAGAACAUCAACGUAGAUCUUUUUCAAAACGAGGGUUUUGAAAACGCAGGUGGCUAUUUGUAGGCUCUUUACGUCACGGAGCGGGAUUGAUGUGAUACAAGCUUGCGCAUACCAGCUCGCCGCGCUUUCACCUUGCUGCCUGCUACCUUGUGGGGUGGUGUGCGGGGUGAGAAAUGAAUAAAGCGAAUGCAGUACCUGAACCGCAGACGCAAGUCAUUGUUGGUGCAAGUGCAUAAUACGCCUCACGAUAAGCUUGUGCCACCGGUCACGUGGCCGAUCGAGUCGACAACAGGGCACCAGCCUGUUUUAGCUGCUCACUCGAUUCGCUGACUUUCGCUGAGAAAGGACGCUCGACUAUAUUCACGACCAGUUCCACCGGGUGUCUCCCCUCGCUGCAGAGCUAUCGCGGCAUACCACCGGUCAACUUGCGCACUCCGAGAGUGCCACACGCUGAUAACAGUUUAUCUAAUCACCCCAAUUACACAGUUAAACAACGUGUUCAACUGUUCACGCGUCCGCGGGGAUCGUGAUCAUUGCCGCAGAACCAACUGAACCUUGCGUUCACUAUGCCACCGUCAACGCCGCGAUCGAUUAUCCGCGCGGUGUUGCUAGUGUGCGCGGCUCUUUCAUGUAGUGCUGUAACUACAACUGAUGAUGGCGGCCAUUCCAAGGUGGAAGCUCCCCCGCUGACUAUGGAGGAUUCUCUGCGAGGGAUCCUGGACACCGUGCUCGAUCCUUCGAGCCCACUGGCCCGGAAAAUUCUGGCGGCAGACUUGUCGUUCCCAUGCAGCCUAGGCCUCCUGAAGCUGGUACGUGGUUUGCGAAGCCUGGAACCGUGGGCGCUAAGAAUUUUCGACGCAAGCGGCAAGUACCCGACGGGCUUCCUUCAUGGCACGACGGUGGAUCUUGGGGCUUACGACGAGUGCGUUGAGAAUGUGGAGCGGGACCAGCAUGGGCACAUAAGGACCAGGAGCCACUAUUGUAUGGUUCAGAUUCAGCUAACAAGCAACGAAUCAGCCAUACGCCACCUCAUCCCAGCCGCCAGCAUUACCCACAUAAGGGCGCAAAAGUUCCUCAGCUACUGGGUAGACCCAAAGGCUCCUGGAGCACGACUCGGAAUCUGCAUGGUGGAUAAGUGCAGCGAAAAAGACCUUCAAAAUCUUGCGAGAACACUGAUACCGGACAACAUGAACGUCACCGUUAGCGACUGUGUAAAUGGUGAAUUUCCACCUAUGAGUUCAACACAAGCUGGAGUAAUUUGCCUUCUGGCAUGCAUCGGAGCAAUGAUGUUUCUAAGUACAUGCUUUCACUUCUAUUUGUGGCUCAAGGAUCGCUCUUCAGAUGAAGGACAGCUCACCCGUCUUCUCACCUCGUUUUCCGUGCUGAAGAAUACGAAGCAUGUAGUCACCAUGGAUGAAAAAAGUUCAAGCAAUGCGUGUUUUAGUUUCAUGAACGGAGUGCGUUUCCUAAGCAUUGCAUGGAUUAUUCUCGGCCACGUUUACGGAGGCUUGACAGACGUUCUAGCGGGAAGGCUAAAUAUGCUCUUCUUUUUCGACGAUUGGGCUGCUACAAUUUUAUCAGCUGGCUUCCUGUCCGUAGACACAUUUAUGUUCAUCAGCGGGUUUCUUCUGACCAACGCCGUCUUCAAUCAGAAAAGACACGCCAUGUUCAUCGCAGCCAUUGCAAUCGUACGUCGAUAUAUCCGGGUUGUAUUUCCUGUGGUAUUUCUCAUAGCGUCCAUGCAGCUUCUACCGCUAGCCGUGCAAGGCCCUAACACGAAUCAGUACUACCGAGAUAUCCAGACGAUGAUUGACACUCACUGGACACAUUUUCUGCUUCAGGUGUACAAUUUCAAGCACGAGAUACGAUCGAUAGGAUUCAUUCACCUAUGGUACGUUUCUACGGACUUCCAGCUUUUCCUGGUGUCACUAGCCGUCAUCCUGAUGCACAGAUGGUCCAAAUUGUGGUGUGGCGUGGCAUUUCUUGUGCUGUCCGUUCUGAGCUGUGUCGUCUCCGCUCUGCAAAUUCACAAGACGGAGCUGACUCCGUUUAUCGUCGCAAUGACUGAGGACUUCAGCACGGCAAGAAAAAUAAUGAACCUUUACUACGUGCAGCCGUUUUACCACGCGGUAUGCUUCUUCGCUGGAUGCAUUACUUGGUUGCUGAAGGACCGUUUCAAUCGCACUCCAUUCUCAAAGGCAGCAACCGCACUCUGCUGGCUCAUGAGUAUAGGUUGUGGUAUCACGUGCGUCUUCAUCAAGUUCCCGUGGUAUGCCGCAAGAGAGCCGACAAGCGAAGUGGGAAAACUGGCCACAGCAUUCUUCGAUAGAAUACUCUGGUCCCUCUGUUUGUCCUGGAUUACUUUGACUUGUUCUACAGGGCGUGGAGGAAUAAUGCAGUCUUUCUUGCGCUGGAAGGGUUUUGGUCCAUUGAGCAAGUUAGCCUUUGCAGUUUACCUGGUGCACAUGCCUCUCUACGAUCUCAUGAAUCAUCUCUCCAGGGAGCGCACAUACUUCUCCCACUUCAGCCUGGUGACGCAGUUCUUCAGCGUUUUCCUCUGGAGCUACUUCCUCGGUUACCUGCUGUACAUCUCAUGCGAAGCCCCACUGGGCCACCUCGAUAGGCUUUUGUUCAGCGGGCGCAGAAAACCCCACCAUAGUAUCGAAUGCAAACAGAUGGACAACGCAGAUACGCAAGACAAAAGACACAACUUGUUUUUGAUCCCGAGCGAUGGUAUCUACCGCAGAAAUGAGGAACAUUUGAAAGUUACAAGACCGAAAUAAUCAGAUGAUGAGGUGGGUUGAGGGAAAUCGCAGAGCUCGGAAUUGCCGAACCUGAAGCAGCAGCAUGCCAUGCAGCUAAAGGCUUAGCGAAUGGUGCCUACAACCAUCUCGUCAUAGGUAUGCAAUUACGUUCGUUCCAACGAAUAAUGCUAGCAUUCCAUCAGGAAAAGGGUAACUUCCUUUUUAUACUAUAAGUUCGCUUGUACUUAAACUGAGUUGUAAAAGAGAGUGCACUUCGAUAAAUGUUGCGCCAUCGGUGACUUUUGUCAAGCAACGUCGAUGAUCUCAAAAAAAAAAAAUAAUAUCGAGAGACAUCAUUGCUUAUUUCAUGCGAAAACAGGCUAAUAUUAUAUUGGGUCAAUUUUCUUAUCAGUUUGCUAUGUAGUACCUUACGAAUGCCUCAUCCAUAAAUGCUCCCCAUUUUUUUUUAUUUGAUGCUCCUCUUUUUCUUUGGCACUGCGAAUCAGUGUUAUGAGGCUUGCUCAGUUAGCAUGACAGAGAAACGGGCAGGGGGCAAGAGAAGUGGUAGAGGAGCUCGUGAUGAGAAACUUGUUGGUCGAGCCAUAGUGUCUAAUGCCUGCGAACACAGUUAUUCGGCACUGGUAGCGCAGUAUUAGCACCCGCGAAAAGUAAUUGCACACCCUCCAACCCAUGCUGCACUGAACGACACGAGAUGAGAGUAGCGGUCGCAUCAUUCAUAUCAGAAUGCAUAUUUACCACCACCGCAUGUAACCAGCAAGAGAAAGAGUUUCGUUACGGUACUGGCGCCUCUUUGCACCAACUUCAGAUGACUGUAGAUAUAAUAUCUUGAAGUGCGUCCGCUCACAAAAUACAUGGGUUGUGUGUUAAGCUGCCUUGGCUCAGAAAGCAAACAGCAUAUAUUUUUUAAAUUUCCGGCGCUAUAUAUGGAGCUCCCUCGACGUCUUCAUAACAUGCACAUGUUGAAACGAUUCGUGGUGAAAUGGUUUGCGUAGUUAGUACAGAUCGGCUACAAGUUUCACAUGGAAGCGGGGGCCAGAAGAAUAAUAAUAAUAUUUGGGGUUUUACGUGCCAAAACCACUUUCUGAUUAUGAGGCACGCCGUAGUGGAGGACUCCGGAAAUUUUGACCACCUGGGGUUCUUUAACGUGCACCUAAAUCUAAGUACACGGGUGUUUUCGCAUUUCGCCCCCAUCGAAAUGCGGCCGCCGUGGCCGGGAUUCGAUCCCGCGACCUCGUGCUCAGCAGCCCAACACCAUAGCCACUGAGCAACCACGGCGGGUGGGGCCAGAAGAGGGGGGAGGUAGCAAUUGUUUAACUGACGCCUUAAUUUUCGAGCCUUUCACUUGAUUUUCGAGCCUUUCAAGAUCUUCGGCGACGCACAUCAGGGCGGUUUGGAGAGCCGUGGCGACCGGUGUGGUAGCUUUGAUGCCGCGUGAGCAUCCUUUGCCAAAGACGAAACCUUGCCAAAAGUGAUAAAAAAAUAUAUACCUGCAUGAAAACUUGACUUUUCGAUGGCGGGAAAGUAAUUUCGCUGCUCGUGCGCAAGUGCGCCGCCCCAGGUUAUGCAUAAGUUUCCUGGUCUGGAAGGUGGCGAGCUAUUAAACGCCGUAUACACCAUUUUUUAGCAACUAUGUCGCGUAAAUAUACGCGCGACACCAUGUCUUCCAAAAACAGAAUGGUGUAAAGUUGUGCGUAGAUAUGUGAUUAUCUUUGUAAUAUAAUGUAUCUUUGUAUCUAAUAUAAUGUAAUAUCUUUGUGAUAAUAAACGUUGCUUUGUGAUUACGCUGUGCUUAAACUCG